AUGGGUGAGAUUCAAAAUCCCCACCAUGAUCAUCCAUUUAACAUGAAACUUCCAUACGAAAAUCAAGAUAUUUAUUGCGAUGGUUGCGACAGAUCCACCUUGGACGAUGAUCCAUUCUUGCAAUGUACAGCAAGGAACUGUCCCUUCCAACUCCACAAAUCAUGUGCUUCACUGCCCCCACAGAUAUCUGAUCACUCCUUCCACCCACAUCACACACUCAAUCUGCUCUAUCCUCCGCCCUCCGACCGCGAAUCCUUCCAAUGCGACGCUUGCUCGAAGAACGCGGGAUUUACUUUUCAUUGCGCAGACUGCAAUUAUAACUUGGAUGUGUGUUGCUCUCAACUGAUCCAAAAAGAGAUCUUCAACGAAGAUAAUGGGUUUGAUGGGAAAUCACAUUCCUGGAUCAUUUGUGACAGUAGCAGCGACAAAUUCAAGGUAUUAUGCUCUGCCUGCAAGCUACCUGUUGAAAACCCUGUUUACGUUUGUUUAGAAUGCAAAUUGUCGAUGCAUAAAUCUUGCACUCAGUUGCCUAAAACCAUUCGACACCCUUUUCAUCAACCCCAUACUUUGGUGCUCACGAGAUGGGUAGGGAAGGACGUUCGCCGUGGGUUAUGUGACUUCUGUCAUAACUCUUUUGACGACUCAAUUGGCUAUUCCUGCCAGGAAUGCGUUUUCAAGUUGGACUAUAAAUGCGCCUCACUGCUGGUCGCAAAGACCUACAAAUUUCAUGAACAUCCUCUUGUUCUUGUACCCACACAUUGUAACUUAGCUUGCUAUUUGUGUCGGUGUAAGGAUUGUGCACCCAUAUUGCAUUGUAUUGACAAGGAUUGUGAGGUCAACUUCCACCUUCAUUGUGUUCCUUCACUGCCUCGUGUUGUCGAGUAUCAUAACCACAUUCAUCCCCUCACUCUAACGGGUACACAAAUCAAAGACCAAGAUGACGAGAUGGGUAAUGAGGAUUUCUAUUGUGAUGCUUGUGAGGAAAUUAGGUUACUGCCUGAUCCUACUUAUUAUUGCAAAGAAUGCCACUAUGUUGCUCAUGUGAGAUGCUUAAUCUCUGAUGAAGAUCUGCUUGAACUAGGCACUGAUUUUUCUGCAAUUGGGCAAGAAGAUGAUGGCCAUCUUGGUGCCUCAACCUCGAAGGAGGUGAACUCUAUUAUAUCAGAAAUACUAGCAUUAAGAGCGGAACUUGAAAAACUCAAGGAGAAACGUGUCAGAAAGGAUAGAUUUAUAGCCUUGUAUGAAGAUCCAAAUUAUGUUGUUGAUCUUGAUGCAUGAAACUCUGAACCAAGAAUCCAAGAACCUGUCAUUCUCAAAACAAACUCUAGCAAGAUGGGGAACCAACUCCAUAAAGAGAGCCAGCCUCUUUCUUAUAAGCUGGGAAUUCCUAUAUUUUGUGUUUUAUUGAUUAUUAUGCUUGCUCAAUAAAAA